GGGGCGCGCCGGGCAAUAGGGGAUCAUGGGGCCCCUGUGUCCUUGCCCAAACUCAAAAAAAAGCCCAUGAAAAAGGUACCAGGGGCAUCUCAUUGGCCCCCUACUGACCCCAGGCCCUCAGGCAGUUCCCGAGUUUCCAAAUGGUCAGUCCGCCCCUGCUGCUGCCCCCCCUGAAAAAUGCCGCCCUAGACAAAUGCCUUGUGGUGCAGCAGAAAGAGAGAGAAAAAAUUCUCCAAAAUAAGGAAAAUAAUCACUUAGAUAGCUGACACUGAAGCAAGUGUCCUAAUUGGAAGAUUUUCCCUCUAUUCCUAUUUCAGUGACAGCUGA